AUGAAGUCGAUGAAAGUUGCCAUCAUCGGCGCCGGCGCCUCUGGUCUCGUUACUGCCAAGUACCUAAGCCAGGCCAAGCAAUAUUUCGGCGUGCCUGAGAUUGAAAUUCGGAUCUUCGAGCGGGAGAAAAGUAUAGGAGGCGUGUACAGGCACAAGGUGUACGAGGAUGCAGAAAUGGUUUCCUCCAAGUACCUGACGGCAUUUUCGGACUUCAGGGUCGCCAAAGAACUUCCGGAUUUUCUUCCGAUGGAAGAGUAUGUGCGCUAUCUUGAAGCGUACUGCACCAAGUUCGGACUCUGGGACUUGAUCGAGACCCAGACUGAGAUUGUUCAAGUGUUACGACUUACUCAGGGGAGCCACAGAGUCUUCUACAAGCGUCAUGUCGGCAAAAGCGCUGGCGGUGAUGACGAAGCCAGACCUGAAGAGUUGUCUUGGGACUGUGACGCAGUCGCUAUCUGUUCUGGUUUGAACAAUAUCCCGUCGAUACCUGCUAUCGAAGGCUUGGAAAACGUGUCGUCUGUACUCCACUCUUCGGAGGUCAAGAGCAGACGUCAAUUCGGCGAAAACACGUCAGUGAUGAUUCUGGGAGCGGGCGAGACUGCAAUGGAUUUGGCUCACUUGGCCGUCACCUCGAACGCUAGGGAGGUGGUGAUGUGCCACAAAGAUGGGUUUUACUGCGCCAAGAAGGUACUGCCAAUCCCGGUAGUGAUGAGGGUUGUGAAACCAGCUCCUUAUCAGAAGCCAGUAGACACGGCCAUCGCCAGUAUCCUAGAUACAGCAUACCUGCCAGAGAGACUACAGCAUUCUCAACUUCCAUGGUUCUUGUAUGACAAGACCCUGAAGUUCCUUCAUUUAAUAUCAGGGGGAACCCUCGCAGGCCCUGACCAAUGGGUUGGCCAAAUAGAAGGAGACCGAAACAACGCCGAUUCCCUGUUUCUUGUCAAGUCAGAUCGCGCACUCCCAUAUCUUAAUGAAGGUCAUCGCGCAACAGACCUUCUCUCCCGCAUUCGAGCAUUUGUAAUGAAUGUUGAGCUGAAGGAUACCGGGGGAAGAAAGAUUAUGACCGCACCUUGGCCCAUCUCGUUCACAAAAUCUGGGACUGCAAUCUUUCCCCGCAGUGAAAGACUCGACCAGAAGGAAGCGACUUCGAAGGUGUUGCGGCCGGACCUGCUUGUGCUCGCUACAGGAUAUGCUCGCCGCUUUGAUUUCUUAGGGGAGGAUUACCCGAAACCAGAUGAUUUGAACAUUCGUGGCGUAUGGAGACGUGGGGAUGUGACAGCUGGGUUCAUUGGCUUCGUACGGCCUGGGAUAGGUGCCAUACCCCCGCUCGCAGAGUUGCAAGCACAGCUCUGGGUCUUCAAUCUCCUUCGUCACAAGUAUCCGCAGCAGAUUCUCUCGCCUUCCGAGUACGCAGAUUCCGUAGCUCACUACGAAGUUGACUAUGCCCUCAAAGCACGAGGCGGCCAUGACUUCUUCAAGGUCAAGCACGGAGUUGAGCAGGAAUCGUACGCAUACCAGCUUGCCCUCGAUAUGGGUGCCGCCCCAACGUUCACCUUCAUGAGACGCCAGGGUUUCAAGGCAUUCUUGACAUGGGCCAUGGGAUCCAACUUCAACAGCAAGUUUCGUCUUGUAGGACCGUGGAAGUGGGAGAAGGGAGCUCUGGACAUCAUGCGCGGAGAGCUGUUCGAUGUGGCGAAGCAGACCGGAGGCGGAGUGUUCUUCACCACCUACACAUUGUUCCCGAUAAUUGUUCUUGGAGUUUUGACGAUCGUUCUGCAUAUGAUCGCUGGCGUUCUCCGGCUGAUGGGCAUGGAAGAAAGGGCGAAGGUUGUCUUGGGUUCCGGAAACGUUCCCAGACGCGAAGGCGAUGAUUGA